AUGAGUAUAGCUGCAUAUGCGUAUGAAGCUGACAGAGCUAAACGUUUAUAUUUUGGUCAAUACUCUCUCACACUUACUGACAAAUAUAUUGUUAUCAGUGAUGGAAAUACCGAGAAAUACAUAACAUGGAAGGACUAUGAAAAGUUUGACCCCAUUUUAACUCCAUGUACUAUGCCAUUCAUUGUAAAUGGUGAAGUUGUCAUGAAGAACGACACAACAGUAUAUAAGUCUGUUCAUGAAGCGUUAGAAUAUAUGUUGAAUCAUAACCCAAAAAGAUUUGACCCAAGCACUACACCAUGUGCAAUGCCUUUUAUUAAGGACGGUGAAAUCGUAAGAGUUCCGGAUUCAACGGUUUACACAGCUGUUCAAAACAGUUUACAAAACAUUUUAGCGAAUAUCUUUAAUUCAGAAACUACAGAAAUAAAAUUACCAUAUAUAACAGAUGCUAAAGAAAUUAAAUCAAAAACGACAACAUUAUUUACGUCACUUAAUGAUUUAAUGACUUAUAUCAUUAAUAUUCCUGCACCAACUAUAGCAUUUGAUCCAAACUCAACGGUUUGCAGUGUACCUUUCAUAAAUGACAGUUCAUUAAUUACUUUAAGGGAUUCGACAGUAAAUGAAUCAUUAAAGGC